AUGCAAAAGGGAUAUAUUUUAAUUGCCUUAAUUUUGCUCGGUUUCGCAUCAGCUAACUUUUACGAAAUCGAUAAGGAGUUUACUAGCUCAACAUUUGAUGGUAGAGCUCUUAAUAGCUGGAAACUUGCUGGUUUCUAAAAUUCUAUCACAAAUAAUUGUGGUGGUGUUUCAGUAGUUGGUGGUCCCAAUGUUGUUGCAACUGGUUCAAUGUCCAAGAAUUUUACUACUGAUUUUGAUCUUACCUCCAUUAAUAUUUCAUUUGAUUUAUAUUUGUUCGAUUAAUGGCUUUCUGGUUGGGAAGGCGGUAGAGAUUAAAAUACUUUAUUCAAGGUAUUCGUUAACAACUAAUAGGUACAUUAACUUGGAUCAGAUUACACAAGAUAAAUUCACUAAAAAUCUAGCAAUAUUUGUGGCCAACCCGACCCUGAUAGAUUGACUCACGUUUCAGUUUCAGUUCCUGUCACUGGUAGAUCAUUUAAUGUUACUCUCCAAGCCAAUAUUGCAUCAAACAACCCAAGUGUUGCUUCUUGGGGUAUCAGAAAUUUCUACAUUUUAUCAUCUUAUGGAGCUGAUAAUUCCAAGGUUGUUGCUUCUGAACUUUCUAAUGAUAAUGCUUUUGAUGUCACCAGUUGGACUUCUACAUUCCAAAACGCUGUUACUUCUUGCCCCAAUAAGAUUGUUGGUGGUUUCAAUGUCGCUGGUCCUGGUUCAUAUGCUGUUAGAAAGCUAUCUAAUCUUCCUCCUCACUCUUUCUUGACUAUUAGCAUCAAUGCCUUCUUCGUUGAUUCUAUUGAUUCUAACGACUCUAUCAUCUUCUACGUUGAUGGUAAAAUAGUACAUGAAGAAACUAGAUAAUUCUUCUUGGCAAGCAAAAAUAUUUGUGGUGCUGGUUGGAAUGAUAAUGUUAAUAACAAAUUCGUAUUUUUGAUUCCUCACUUUGCACCCACUGCUGAAUUCAAGAUCUAUAUCAAUACUGACCAAGCUGCUGGAGAUGAAUCUUUCGGUUUCAGAGAUUUAUAAGUAUCAGCUGACAGUCCUUGCCCUAUUAUUUACGAAGGAGCUAACUAAUAAGGUAGAGCCUUCUCCUUCUGUGGUGAUAUUCCUGAUCUUAAAAAGAUUGGCUGGACUAAACCCAUUAAAGGUAUUUAUGUUCCCGAAGGUUAUGCAAUUAAGGUUUACGUAGACUCUAAUUUCCAAGGAAAGAGAUUCAAGGUCUCCAAAUCUAACUUCAACCUCACCGGAAAGGAAUACAAGUUAGUUAACAGAGCUUUCAAUAUUGAUGUAAAUGAAUAAAAGCUCAGACGUAAUGAAUGA